AUGGCGUCGAGUGAGACUAUAACGGGUACAAACCCGAUGAACAGUACAGAACCGGAAGGCUACGGCGUGCUGCUGUAUUACCAGUACGUAGACGUUGCUGAUGACGUGGCAGCAGCUGAUUGGAUGCGACGUAUCUGCGAGGAACAAUGUUUACUGGGUCGCGUCCGCGUGUCUAAGCAAGGCUUUAACGUCACGGUGGUUGGUCGCAUGUCCGCCCUACAUAAUCACAUCGCCGCCCUCUCUGGCCACCCUUCUAAUUGGUUCGCCCGCACCGACUUCAAGCUCGAGCGCUGUGAUUGGCCGCCGGAUCCCAGGAUAGCGCGGGAAUGCAACGUGCAUGCUCUCUCAGUGCGGAUAGUCAAGGUACGGAUACCAGGAUGCGGAGGGUGUGGGGUUGAGGGGUUCGGGUGCUACUUUUAUGCACCCUCUCCCUUCUCCCGUUUCCCCUCUCCCUUCACUUAUUUCCCCUCUCCCUUCUCCCAUUUCCCCUAUCCCUUCUCCCAUUUCCCCUAUCCCUUCUCCCAUUUCCCCUAUCCCUUCUCCCAUUUCCCCUAUCCCUUCUCCCAUUUCCCCUAUCCCUUCUCCCAUUUCCCCUAUCCCUUCUCCCAUUUCCCCUAUCCCUUCUCCCAUUUCCCCUAUCCCUUCUCCCAUUUCCCCUAUCCCUUCUCCCAUUUCCCCUAUCCCUUCUCCCAUUUCCCCUAUCCCUUUCCCAUUUCCCCUAUCCCUUCUCCCAUUUCCCCUAUCCCUUCUCCCAUUUCCCCUCUCCCUUCUCCCAUUUCCCCUCUCCCUUCUCCCAUUUCCCCUCUCCCUUCUCCUAUUUCCCCUAUCCCUUCUCCCAUUUCCCCUAUCCCUUCUCCCAUUUCCCCUAUCCCUUCUCCCAUUUCCCCUAUCCCUUCUCCCAUUUCCCCUAUCCCUUCUCCCAUUUCCCCUAUCCCUUCUCCCAUUUCCCCUAUCCCUUCUCCCAUUUCCCCUAUCCCUUCUCCCAUUUCCCCUCUCCCUUCUCCUAUUUCCCCUAUCCCUUCUCCCAUUUCCCCUAUCCCUUCUCCCAUUUCCCCUAUCCCUUCUCCCAUUUCCCCUAUCCCUUCUCCCAUUUCCCCUAUCCCUUCUCCCAUUUCCCCUAUCCUUUCUCCCAUUUCCCCUAUCCCUUCUCCCAUUUCCCCUAUCCCUUCUCCCAUUUCCCCUAUCCCUUCUCCCAUUUCCCCUAUCCCUUCUCCCAUUUCCCCUAUCCCUUCUCCCAUUUCCCCUAUCCCUUCUCCCAUUUCCCCUAUCCCUUCUCCCAUUUCCCCUAUCCCUUCUCCCAUUUCCCCUAUCCCUUCUCCCAUUUCCCCUAUCCCUUCUCCCAUUUCUUCCCUCCUCUUUUUUCCCUAUCCCCUGGUUACAUGCCAUCUCUCAGGAGCUGGUAACCCUAUGCCCCGUGAACCUCUCCCUCACAGGCGUCCACGCGUCUGCAUCAGCAUUACUCACAACCCCUCUUCCCUCGUCCCCUCUUCCCUGGUUACCUUACCUCCAUCGCAGGAGCUGGUAACCCUAUGCCCGGUGGACCUCUCCCUCACAGGCGACCACGCGUCUGCAGAGGCGAACGUCUACGAGACGCGCAUCGGACGAUUCGUGCCGCCCAAAGGUGUCACGUUCAUUGACCCCUGCAUUCGCCAGUUCAGCGAUCUGCCGGCAUGGGUGGACAGGCACGAAGACGAACUGAGGGACAAGACAGUGCUUAUGUGA